AUGUUCCCUGGGUAUAUAUUUUUGAUGACUUUACUCAUUUCUCAGAUUACAGAAAAAGUAAUCCUUGGAGUAGAGGAUCAAAAACUGGUUCGUCCUAAAAGGCUUCCUCUGAUACAGAAGCGAGAUGUUGGACAUACCCAUGGUUAUGACAUACCGGAAGCUUAUGAAGAAGAAUUGCUGUAUGAAAUAAGACUAAAUAGAAAAAUCUUAAUACUUCAUCUUCUAAGAUCAAGGGAGUUCCUAGCCUCGAAUUACAGUGAAACACACUACACUACAGCAGGCGAAGCCAUCACCAGGCACCCUCAGAUCAUGGAUCACUGCUUUUACCAAGGAUCCAUUAUACAUGAAUUUGAUUCUGCUGCCAGUAUCAGCACAUGUAAUGGUCUGAGGGGAUUCUUCAGAGUAAAUGACCAAAGGUACCUCAUUGAACCAAUGAAAUACUCAGAUGAGGGAGAACAUUUGGUGUUCAAAUAUAACCCACGGGUCCCAUAUGCUGCCAAUUAUUCUUGUGCAGAGCACAAUUUUACAAGGAAGACUGUUCCAAGGGAUACUAAACUGAAGGAGGACUCCAAAAUUGAAAGCAUCCAUCAUGAAAAGUAUGUUGAACUGUUCAUUGUUGCUGAUGAUAAUGUGUAUCGCAGGAAUAGUCAUCCUUACAGUAAACUAAGGAAUCGAAUUUGGGGAAUGGUCAAUUUUGUCAACAUGAUUUAUAAAACCUUGAAUAUUCAUGUGACAUUGGUUGGCCUUGAAAUAUGGACAAAGGGAGAUAAAAUAGAAAUAGAUUCAAAUAUAGAAACUACCUUAUUGCGUUUCUCAAGUUGGCAAGAAACAAUCCUUAAACACAGGAAGAAUUAUGAUCAUGUUCUGUUACUCAGUGGGAAGUGGCUCUACACACAUGCGCAAGGAAUGUCUUACCCAGGAAGUAUGUGCCUGCCCUAUUAUUCCUCCAGUGUCAUUAAGGAUCUUUUACCUGACAUAAACAUAGUUGCAAACAGAAUGGCCCAUCAGUUGGGGCAUAACCUUGGGAUGCGGCAUGACGAGUUCCCAUGCACCUGUCCAUUUGGAAAAUGCGUGAUGGAUAGUGGUGGAAGCAUUCCUGCAGUAAAAUUCAGUAAAUGCAGCCAAAUCCAGUACCAUCGAUACUUGAGGGAUUCUAAGCCAACGUGCAUGCUCAAUGUUCCAUUUCCUGACAAAUUCAACUAUUUCCCAUACUGUGGAAAUAAAAUGCUGGACGAUGGAGAAGAAUGUGAUUGUGGCCCUGUGCAGGAGUGUACUAAUCCUUGCUGUGAUGCACACAAAUGUGUACUGAAGCCAGGAUUUACUUGUGCAGAAGGAGAAUGUUGUGAAUCUUGUCAGUUGAAAAAAGCAGGGUCCAUAUGCAGACCAGCAAAAGAUGAAUGUGAUUUUCCUGAAGUGUGUACUGGCCACUCUUCUGGAUGUCCUAAGGACCAAUUCCAAGUCAAUGGAUCUCCUUGCAAGAACUCAGAAGGCUACUGUUUCAUGGGAAAAUGUCCCACCCGGAGUGUUCAGUGCUCUGAAUUAUUUGAUGAUGGGGCAAAAGAGAGUCAUGAUAUCUGCUACCAGAUAAAUAAAAAAGGAAAUAAAUUUGGAUACUGCAAAAACAAGGAAAACAAAUUUGUUCCCUGUGAAGAGAAAGACGUACGAUGUGGAAAGAUAUACUGUAUUGGAGGACAACAUUCAUCCCUCCUUGGGGAAGACAAGACCUAUUACCUUAAGAAUUCGCAGCAGAAUGUCACUAUCAAAUGCAAAACCAUUUUUUUACACCACAAUUCUGAAGAUAUUGGCUUAGUUGCUUCUGGAACAAAAUGUGGAGAUGGAAUGGUGUGCAGCAGUGGUGAAUGUGUAAAUGUUGAAAAGGUCUACAAUUCAACUAAUUGCCCCUUUCAUUGUGAAGAAAAUGCUGUGCAUGGCCAUGAACUCGACUGCCAGUGUGAAGAAGUACAGGCACCUGUACACUGGGAAGAACCCAUAAAUGUUACCAAUGUUGUCAUCUUGGUUGUUGUGUUUGUCCUGGUUGUUACUUGUGUUGGAGCUGUCACAUUUUUAAUUCGUUACCAAAAAUGUAUUAAGUUGAAGCAAAUUCAGAGCUUGCCUAGAGAUACACUGGGAGUGGAGAAUAAAGGAUACUUUGGUGAAGAGCAGCAGACAAGGACUGAGCCAAUCUUGCCAGAUAUUCAUCCCCUGCAUAAAUCUGCAAGCAAAGAGCCAAGAGGAAUGACAGAUCCCAAUCAAAGUGCCACGGUGGAAUGCAGCGAUGGUGAUACAAAGCGAAACAAAAACCUUCACCCACCUGACCGACCACCAGCAUCCCCAGUAUAUAACAUCGAUUAUUCUCAAGUUAUCAACCAUCUCUGCAUGGCCAUUCUGCCUUUCUCUCAAGGCAUUGUCCUGUCAGAUGAUUAUAGAAUUCAAAAGCUCAUAUUGCAUGUGCUAAAAUUGAAUGCAGCUGCCUCACUCUACUGGGACCCUCAGCUUCACCUCUCCAGCUUAGGGAACUCCCUGGGCUCUGCCUCGAUGGCCCCUCCUCUGUCCUGCAGCCUGGAAACCCUUAAGACAGUGACUUUGGGAUACCCUAGAGUUCAGCUACUGCAUUCACAGUCCCUCAGGGUCACCAUCCUUCAUUGCCCUGCUCCUAAUCACAACACUCCUCCCAAGCACGAAACAAAAAGUGUGCCUCACGCCUAUGGAUACAGCGAGGCACAGCUGAUGGGGACAAGAGGAGGGAACAUUCUCAGUUCCAGUAACAAAAGUAGAGCGCAAGGGAGGACGAUGGAGAAACCAGUAGAAGCCAAGCCAAUUCUUCCAUUAUGGCACAUGUGGAAAUCUUUACGUCUUUAG